CUUUAAAACUUCAAGAUGGCGGAUGGUAAGUAGACAUAACAAGACAUACUCACUCCGAUCCUGGAGUGAUCGAAAGUUGUUUGUCAUAUUUUUAUCUUCUUUAAAAUUACAUUGUCUUCCCCUUAUUCAUGGUGCAGCUCGUAAUCUUAACUCGGCAGCGCCAUUUUGUUCAAUCACGGCGAAAGUGUUAAGUCAUCGUCCUUCACUAGUCAAUUACGCGUGAAAAAAACUUAAUCAAACCAUAACUGUAAGCUUACAUUUUAAUAGAACGUAACCCGUAGCUAACGUAAAUUUUGUGGUAUUAGCCAGUAUAUUCCUCACGAUGUGAAUCGUCACAGCGCUAUCAUUAGCCUAUUUCUCGUUUAAUUUUUAGCCGGCCAGUCAGCGCAAAGUAUUGGAGAUGUGAUGAAAUCUAUCAAGCAUGUGAUUCUAAUCCUUUCCGGUAAAGGAGGUGUUGGAAAAAGUACAGUUACGACACAGAUUGCUUGGUCUCUCUACAGCAAAGGCAAAAAGGUUAACAAUUUUCUCAGCUAUAUCUUCACCAACACAACUUCUACCAGUUAUAAUCCCCGUCACAUACUAAUAUCCCAAAUUUACAUCAGGGCCAGUCUGCUGAGUAUGGCAGGUGCACACACAAGUUAUUUUUUGAACAUUCACUUUGCAUGCUAGAAUUGCCACAUUGCACACGCAAGAUCUUAUCAAAUUCUGCCAUAAAGGGUAAGUGUCUAUAGAAACUGUGGUACUGUGUCAGUGGAAGAGUAUAACAAUGUAAUUUAGUAUUAUCAACUGAGUUGGUAACGUAAUUUGAUUACCAUAAGGAGUUUUAAAGCUGACAUUUCAAGCAUUAGCCCUUUGUCAGUGCAAUUUAGAUUCUGCCAUUCUAUGCAGACUGGUGUCCUGGGAUGUGCAUGCAUUUUAACCCUUUCAUUCCCAAAAUUUGAGUAUCUAAUCCAUGAACUGUGCAAUUAUGACAGAAAGUAAGAGUAGUUAAGAUGAAGAUUUUGUAGGUGAAAAGAUUUAUUAUCCUUUUUUCUUUUAUGAAAUUUUUUCCAGUUGAAAAUGACCUUGUCAAAGUUUUAUCCCUCUGACAGAUAAUUCUCUGUGCCACUUGUAAUCCCUCAAAGUUUCAUAAUUUGCUUGUUUCCCCUUUACCCUUCAAUUCCCAUGAGUGACCAAGACAGAAUUUCUCCUUACAAUAUCAAUACAUUAUCAAGCAGACAAGUGACGCGAAUAAUGAAAAAUCUCAAUUAUAGGAUUACUAAUUGAUCCGCUACCAAAAUUUCCAAACUAACAUAAUGAGAAUCAUUUGGCAGGAAGUAAUAAUAAUAAUAAUAAUAAUAAUAAUAACAACUUUAUUUAAGGAGGGUAACACAUAACAGUAAUUCAACUGAUGAACUAAAGGCCCUCGAUCCUAAAAGUACCAUUAAUAGAGUUAAAAUGUAUAAAAUGUAUGUAAAAUGAAUUUGAGGAUUAUAAAACAGGUCUAUAAGAAUGUAAACUAAAAACUAUAUAAAGUAAAAUAUGCUGCUUGGGUUGCCUCAGUUUCGCGAUUGAAAUGAGGGGCAGGCGAGAUUUAAUUUACUAUAACAACCAGUUCACAUGUGUAGGUCUGAAUUAAAUUUAAGUAUAUUGUACAUAUGUGCAGGACAGCAUCCUUGUAAAUGCUUAAAAACUAAAACGCUCUUAUUUAACUUGACUUUGUCAUAAAAAGGGAGCCACUCUAAUUUCUUUAAGAGUUUCAUGCUGUAAAGAGAAUUACUAAUGAAAUCUUGGGAGUUUGAGGGUUAACUAGAUAUUGCUGGUUAAUGGACAAUUGUGAUGGUUCUAGGGUUACUACAGCAAAAGAUUUGACUGUUUCUAGAAAUGUAAGUUUUGUGUGUAUAGAAAUGUAAGUUUUGUGUGUAUAGAAACAUGGAUGUCAUGAUAAAAUCUUGCCUUGGUCUUUUAGGUUGGAAUACUGGAUGUGGAUUUAUGUGGACCAAGUAUUCCAAGAAUGAUGAGUGUAGAGGGAUGUGAUAUACACCAGUGUUCUGCUGGGUGAGUCAUUGAGGAUACCUUUUUUCUUUACCCUUUACCUCCCAGAACUGAUUAAUAUAUAUCUUUGCCCUGUAAUAUUCACACAUUAUCCACCAAACAAGAAAUGUACAAGGAAAUGUCUGGCAGCUAGAGAGGAGAAUUAACAACUAGAUCUUGGGAGUUGAAGGAUUGAAGGACCAUUUUCUCAAACUGUUCCUGACCUCUUUCAGGCUAACCUGUGUUAGCAGCAAAGUGUUGGGUACCAAACAACAGUCAGUUUUUUAACCUGAGGGGGAUACCCGGAGGAAAUUGUCAGGGGUGAUUCUAUGCUCUUUUGAGGGUAACUUUUGUAGAGUGACUCCCAUAUUCUUUCAAGAAGUUUGAUAUAAAAUGGUAAGCAUGCAAGUUAUUAUGAAGAUUCCUUUCUGGGCUGAAAAGAGACAGUAGUGAACAUGUUUUGAAACCUGUACAUAUGGAAGCCCCUAAGGAAAUGUGUAGCUUGAAAGGCAGUGCCUCCAAUAGAAGGAAAACCCCACCCAUGAACAGUUGAAUCUGGUUCCACCUGAUUCUACCUUGUGCCCUGUCAUGAUCAAGUAGGCAACUCUCAACUGAAACCCUCUUUAAAACAGUGCCUUCUCAGUGUAACACCCAUCUAUUUUUUUAGCUGGGUUCCAGUUUAUACAGACAAGGACCAAAGACUUGCAGUCAUGUCCAUAGGUUUCCUUUUAAAUAGCAGAGAUGAUGCAGUGGUUUGGAGAGGACCAAAGAAAAAUGGUAUUUGGUACCUUAUUCAACCUUUAACUCCCAGAUCAAAUUUGUUGUUCUCCUUACUGUCAACCAUACAUUCUUGUAAUGUUAGUUCAGAGAAUUUAGUAUUGUAUCAACUAAUUAUUCCCAAAUUGAUAAUUUUUUUGGUUCUUAUUACCCAUCUGCUUGAUAUUGAAUUGAUAUUGUAAGGAUAAAUUCUGUCUUGGUCACUCAUGUGAGUUAAAGGGUUAAUGUAAUUCAAUUUAUCACCUAUACCCUCUCUUUGAAGAAAAUUGGUUAAUAUGUUUUUCUCCAGAGCUGCGAAAAUCCUGCAUCCUUUCCCUGUCUCCUGUAUCUCCUCUGUACUGGUUUGCAAAGAAAGUUCAAGAACCAAUGUACUUCUUGUAAAGAGUAGGGAAUGCAACUCCUGGUGUUGUGGACUAGCCUUGAAAAGAGGGCACUUGCAAAAAUUUCCUUCAAAAAUUGUAAACUGCUCAAUGAAGUCUGGCUAAAAAUACUGUACUAUUAUACUGAAGUUUUACUUGAGUGAUUGUUUUGUCCUCCAGGAUGGACUUUUGUACAGCCAUAUGUAGGCUGAAGUAUAAUUUCAAAACUUCUAAAACUUCAUGAGAAUCUGUGAUGAUCUAGCUUCUUAUCUAUGGUUCAUGGGGAGUAUCCAUUGUUAAGGCAGGCAUUUACUAAUAAAAAUUUUUUUGUUAAAUGUUAAUUUUCUGGUUUUUUAGCAAUGAUCAAGCAGUUCCUAUCAGAUGUGUGUUGGGGAGAGCUGGACUAUCUGGUAAUUGACACACCACCAGGUAUAAAGCAGUGAAAUCUAAGUUGUUUGUCACACAAUAAGAUUUCUUUUUUGUUCCCCAUCACUAUUAGAUUGUGUGCAUUCAGUACUUAUCGAAGGAAUCCGCAUAAUCUAGUGAGGAGAGGUUUGGGCAGUUGCAAUCCAUUUUGGACAACUGGUUGGCCACUUGCCAAUAGGGGCUUUUAACCAUGUUAAAUUUGAUUUGUAUUAUUAAUUUUGGGCUAUUUGAGUGUUUUUGAUUAGUGGGCUGUAUUGAAAACUUUUAUGUCACUAGUAAUUGUGUCACCCAUGUGAAGUUAACAAAGGUAAUCAUGUCACAAAUUCCUUCCCCAAAGGCUUGGCCAGAGAUGUUGAUGGAUAUGUGAAGGACCGAGAUUCAACGGCAAUGGUCAUUAUUGACUCACUGUAAUAUAGAAGGGUGAUAAGAAUUUGAAAUGAGUUCAAUGGAAAAUUGUGAUGGAACUCUAGAUGGUCUGAUUGUUAGGAUUUUUUGGGAGAAGGGAAUGGAGAAACAAAAUCAGAUGGGCAGAGAACUCAAAUGAACCUCUGAGAAAACUUUGUUUUAACUUUAGGGACAUCUGAUGAGCACAUAACUGUUGUAGAGAAUUUGCGAGAUUACAAUCCAGAUGGAGCCAUUCUUGUUACUACUCCUCAGGUACAAAUGGCUAUAUUUGAUGUUGUCCCUGUAGGCUCAGGUCACAGUUAUAGGUUCUUGUCCCUGCAAAAGCCAUAGAGUGGAGGAGUCCAGAAUUUUGUGAAUACAAUGUUAGCUUUCUUCCUGUGUAAAGAGAUAAAAUGAUAUACAGAUAAAUUAGUACCUCUCACUCUUUGUAAUGUAACAGAUUAAUAAUGGUAAUAGGACUAAGUGGAGUCUAAUUUGCUCUUUAAUCAUAUGAGUGAUUAACAAAAUUGGACAACCGCAAAGGGGGAGUCCAAUUUGUCAAUCACAAGUAAGAUUACAGACAGAAUUGGAUGACAAGAAGUCCUGUUACCAAUUAAUCAUAACCGUGUCAAUUUCCUAAAACCACAAACACAUUUAGGUCAAAUAUCUCCAGUAGAGAAGAUGUCUAAAGUAAAAAAAUUUCUCCAUUUUGGAAAUUCUUCAAUUUUUCAUGGAUAAGUGGCUGUUGCUAUGGUUGUUGUGUUUAAUUCUGUGAUUGGUGGAUUUGGCUGAGUGGCCUUUGUAUGAUUGACUACUUCAACUGUCCCAUUACAGGUGUCUGAUUACAGCCAACUGUCCAAUUACAACUCUACAGAAUGAUUAAUGAAAAAUAAUGCAGCUAAUGCACCAAUCACUUUUGAGGAAAUUUUAAUGGUUAUGAUUACUGGUAAAACCAUGUAUGUUGGGAAAUUGUAAUUUUCAUCUAAUAACCUUUUAGCUACCAUGUAGACUACACUAGGAAACACCACCUCUUUGAUGAAACCAAUUUUCCCCUUGAAGUCUUUUUGAGUGGAACAUGUUACCCUAAAAUCAGUAUGAAUAUUCUCUAUACAUUUAUUAAGGUGCUGAAAAGGAGAAUUAAUUUAACAAUCAAGAGCUUCUCUUGUUGGUGAUCAUUUCCCUCAUUCUCAUGACCAUAAUAUGUGUUUCUGGGGAGAUAUUGUAAGAAAGAAUUAGAUGCUAGUCACUCCUAAAGUCAGAGUCUCCUAAAAGUCUUCUAAAAGUCAGAGGGACAAAAGAUAUCAGCUGUAGUUGAAUAUUAUGAAUACUGCUUUUGUUGUCCUUUAGGGAGUAGCAGUUAAUGAUGUCAGAAGAGAACUCACUUUCUGCCAAAAGACUAAGAUCCCAGUCUUGGGUGUGGUGGAGAACAUGAGUGGAUUUGUCUGUUCUCACUGUAGUGUAAGUGCUAGUGUCUGCCAGGUCUCAUAAUUUCAAGUCAUUUUUCUAACAAUAUUGGUUAUUUCACAACAAUUGUCUUGUGUUUUAGGAGUGUACAAAUGUGUUUUCAAAAGGAGGAGGAGAAGCAUUAGCAGACAGCUGCAAAAUACCAUUUUUAGGUGAUAGUUUAUUUUCUAGUAUUUUGAUAGACUUGGUAUAGUUAUACUGCCCUCCAUGAUCACCUCUCAAAAUUGAAAACCUUCUAUCUUCUCUAGUGAAAUUGUAUCAUGUGGAACACAUUGUAAGUAACCACUCUUGCAGGUUUCCAUGUGUCUGUUCAGUCAUAUAUCACAGAUGAUGUCAAAAUGUGGUGAGAGCAAAAAGGUGGCAUGUGAGGGAAGGCCAAGUGGUUCCUUGAUUUUCUCGGCACAUUUUGAUGUUUUCUAUGAUCUCCUACUGUAUAGACUCACAGCAACAUAGAAUUUUGUUUGUUUUAUAUGAUAACAAAGCAAAAUUUGUUAAUGAUGACAACAUUUAUGCAACUGUCCCCCAGAAGAUCAUGAGAAAGAACCAAUCAAAAUGUGUGCGUAAUUCAGUUUAUGAUGUAAAACAUUGCUUUUCAUCAUCAUUGAGUUGAAUUUUAUUUCAUUAGGUCUCGUGUCAUCUGACACUGUAGAUGGUUACAUUAUUUGAAAUUCAAACUGUUCCUUCUUCUCUAAGUUUCUGUUUUACUAUGAAAUGAUGUCUCUCUAAAUGAUGUCAGCUUUCAGGCACACUUCACUUUCAGUUGUGAUUAGGCCAUUUCUGAAUUACCUUUUGCCUCUUUUUCAAAACCAGGCCUGGUGCUCAACCAUUCAUAUGAAAAUGAGUUUAAUUUGCAUGUGAGUGAAAAUUUAUAAUUACAUUGAAGGAUGAGCACCAGGACUUGCUUUAAAAAAAUGAGGCCAAAGGUAAAUCAGAUAUAACUAAUUGUGUUUAUCGCCAUUUUAGGUUCUAUUCCACUGGAUCCAAGUUUAACGCAAUCCUUGGAAGAUGGCCAAGCCUUUAUAGAUUUGUUUCCUAACUCGCCAACACUAAAUGCAGUAAAUAACAUUACAACCAAACUAUUGCAGCUGGAUAUUGAUUGAGAUCAAUGAUGCAGAGAAGAUUUUCUUACAAACUUGGAUAGAAAUACAGUCUUUGGACUAGCUCAACAAGAUUAUUAGAUCCAAAUUUUUCUGCUCCCAACAGUGUACACUGAUCAUCCAUCAGACAAAAAGUGACAGUGAAGGCAUCAACAAAGUGACAUUGUCUCUACUAACUCCAGAUUCUCAUUACAGCUUACCACUUCAAGAGAAAUGACCUGCAGAGUAAUGAAUAUAAGUUAUGUUGUCAAUAGGGAUAGGUUGAAUUGGUUGUUGAUUGUCAGAUUUCUCCUGUAAGGUUUUUGCUAUGACUCUGUUGUUUGGAAGGACAUUCGAUAUUCUGGAAAGGAAUGUUGUAUGACAUUUUUGUUGUGUUGUGCAACAGUUCUGAGAUCAGAAAAAGAAUGACAGGGAAUAAUGACUAUAUGGUAUUAGUUCUUUUUUCUAAGAUUUAUUGAAAAAUUUGAAAGGUCAAAAGUAAGGUAUUUAUAAAUUAUUUUUUAUCCGGGCGUUUAUUGGUAUUUAAAACCUACAAUGCUUCAUUCACAAGUUCAGACAUUUCUGGGAUUAAAGAUGAUAGACAAUGCAGAUUGUGAUUUUAAGACUCUCAUGGCCUUUAUUGUCGUCACUAUCAAGGUU